AUGUCUCGUCAUUCACCUUUACCUCGAUUUCGUCGUGAUGAUGAUUCUAUUCCGGAACAAAAUAAUAAUUCAAAUACACGUGCUACAUCAGCAUCACCAAAUACCUCUCAAAUAUAUCAUAAUCAACGUUCACAAAUUCGUAUUCGACGAUCAGCUUGUUCAGAUUUACAAAAUACAACUAUACCAGAAGAACGUAUAUAUCAUGGUAAUCGUCGUCGUGCAAGUUUAUUUGUUGGUCGAUCAACAAAAUUGACAAAUGAUAUAACAAAAAUAUCUUUAAAUAAUCAUGAAUCAUCUGAAGGUGAUUAUAUUAAAUUAUGCCGACAAAGAUGUCAAUCAUUUUAUAAAUCAUUAGCUAAUAAAGCAUCAUCAAUUAAUAUUAAAAAAGAUUCAUCUCAAUUGAAUGAUCAUCAAAAUAAUAAUAAUAAUAAUAAUAAUAAUAAUAAUAAUAAUAAUAAUAAUAAUGAUGAUGAUGCAGAAGAUGUUGAUGAUGAAAUUAAUUUUCCAACACCAUCAAGAACUAAAUAUCGAUAUUCAUUACCUGAUGCAUCACCAGCUGCAUUAGCUUUAAGAAAUAUUCUUAAACGAAAUAAAACAACAAAAUAUCAUAAUCUUCGAAUUGAUUUACCUUCACAUUCAUCACAUUCCUUACCAUCAUCUAUAUCAACAAAUUCUUCUUCAACAAUAUCAACAUUCCGUAAUUUUCUUUCUUUAGUUAAAUCACCUUCAACAAAAUCGAUAAAUUCAACAACAUCACAUCAUCAUUCAAGUUUAACAACAUUAACAAAUGCAACUGGUGGAUCAUCAACUACACUUGAGCAAACAACAUCAUCAAUUCCUCCAACUAUGCGAUGGCAUUUUGAAGAAGAUAAAUCACAAUGGUGUUCAUCUGAUGGUAUUAGUAAGAUAAUUCUUGGUUCGAUUGAAUUACAUAAUUUAACAUAUGCUGAACAUAAACAACUCAAACAAAUUGUUUUGCAACGUUUACAAUCAUCGCAAUAUGAUUUAGGCGUAUCCAUACAUGUGCCCAAAGAAGAACCGGCAAGAAAACGCAAACAUCAUUUUAUGUUUCGUAGUAAAUCAAGUGAUAAAUCCAAAGAAGCAAAAGAUACAAAAUCAAAUGGAAAUGUAUUUGGUGUUGCUUUAUCACAAUGUGUAAAUGAUGAUGAUAAUCGUCUUCAAGAUGAUAUUAUAUUUACAUCAGUAGCUAAUGCUAGUGGAAUUGAUCGAAAGAAUAGUACAGAUAUAAAUGAAAGUCGAGCAAGUCCAUCUGGUAGUGUUUCAUCAACAAAUGAUAGUGGAUGUUCAGUUUCACCAGCAAGUCCAAGUAGUUUACAUAUAUUUGAGACUGAUUAUGAAACUACAAAAUUUCGUUCUGUAUCACUUGAAGCAUUAGGACCAAAUGAAGCCGUUGGUGGAAUAAAUAGAAUGAAUACAUUAAGAUGUUAUCCAGCUAAAGUACCUGAAUUAAUAAAAAAUUGUUGUGAUUAUUUAGAAAAAAAUGCAUUACAAACUAUUGGUUUAUUUCGAGUUGGUGUAUCGAAAAAACGUUUAAAAGAACUGAAAGAUCAAGUAAAUUUAAGUCGUAGUUUAACAUUUGAUUCUUCAACAAAUGCACAUGAUAUAGCUGGUUUAAUAAAAGAAUUUUUACGUGAAUUACCUGAUCCAUUAUUAACACGUGAUUUAUGUGUACCAUUUCUAAAUAUUCGAACAAAACUUAAUUCAAAAGAUCAAUCUCGUGCACUUUCCUAUUUAAUAAGUUUAUUACCAUCAUCAAAUCGUGAUACAUUAUAUACAUUAUUAAAAUUUCUUUAUCAUGUUUCAAUAAAUUCUCAAGAUCGUUAUUCAACUGAUGGAAAACUUCUUGUAGCUGGUAAUAAAAUGGAUGCAGCAAAUUUAGCUAUUGUUUUUGCACCAACAAUACUUAUGGAUGGUAAAGCACCGGCUGUAUCAACUAAAGAUAUGAGUGUUGCUACAUCUGCUGAUCAAAUGGAACAAGGAAAAAGUAUUUUAAAACUUAUGAUUGAACAAUAUAAAGAAUUAUUUACAGUACCAAAAGAUUUACAUAAUGAAAUUUGUAUUGCACUUUAUGAAAGUGAUAGUAUGCAAUUAAUGAGAGCAUUAGCAUUUAAAGUACAAAAUGGUUGUGGAAUAAGUUCAAUGCAAUUAGAUGAAGCAAAUGAACAUUUAUUUAAGUCCUUAGAUAUAACACCAAUUUUAUUUGAAAUACCUUCUUCAACAACUAGUAUUUUUUCAGCAAUCAUUCCUCGAAUGAGUCAACAACAAUUAAUAGGAUCAAAUCUUCGUCGAUAUAAUGUUCGACGUAAUUCAGAUUUUCCAUUUACAUCAACACAUGCAUCACGUUCAUCCGAAUUUCUUCAAGUACCUAUGUCAUCAUCACAACAACGUCGUACAAAUAAUAAUCCAUCACCAUUAAUAAAACCACCUGGUGUACGUGAUAUACGUGAAGCAAGUAUAGAUCAGAUUGUAUUUCGUGUUAUUGAUCCACCUACACCUACAUUUUUAUCACAACGUCCAACUGAACCUAUUAUAAAUAUAAGUUCAUUUGAUGAUGUUAUAACAUCAUCUGUUAUUCGACCAAAGUCACUUGAUAUAAAAGAAUCUCCUUCAUCACCUACUACUCAACGACCUGCUGCUACAUCUUUAACACCAGCAAAUACUCCAUUAUUACGUGAAAUAAAACCUUAUACACGUUCAAAAACAGCUCCACUUUCAUCUAUAACCGGUGCACAACAAUUUUUAACUCCUAAACGUUGCGAAGCACGUGAUUUAUGUGGUUCGAGUUCAAACGAAGAUUCACCAUCACCUACAACCGGUCGUAAUAGUACUCUUGUUUAA